CAGAUGGACACACGUGCAUUGCAUUGCGCUUCAUCAGCAUACUGUAUGAAACGCUGUGAGUACCCCCCCCACCAACGCUACUUCUACUGUCGACCCUGCUAUGUCUAUGCGUGGCCUCCUCCCGCUUUCAGCACCAUGGACAGCGCAUUGUGUACAUAGCCCCUCCAAUGCUACUUCUUGCCCUGAGCCUGCGCUGUCCGUGGUGCUGAAAGCAAGGUGGCCGCGCACGCGCACUGGCUUCCUCGGUGAAGGUGGGCGGGCGAAGUGGAUUUAAACGGCUUUAGAUUUGUCAGAGCGGACUGGCUCAACUCGCCGGGGAGACGAGCGUGGAUUGGAAGGCGCCGUGCUGACAGCGCUCGGCUGGCCAGUGGCGUGCGCCGAAAUCAGUGCCGGAGCGCAUGCGGUCUAAGGAAUCUUAAGGUGUGGAUAUUUGCAGCAGCAGAAGCAGAAGCGUCAGCGUCAUUCGUCCCGGCGGAGAGAAGAGCGAGCUCGGAGCGGGCCGCUCUUCACAAUUAACGGCAUAAGCCAAUCAUCAACAACAACAACAACAAUUAUAAUGUCAAUUCUAUAAAUACCAACGGUGGAGAAAAUAUCACAAGAUGUGCAUAGGAAAUAAACUCUGAGAGAAGGUUGCAAAAAAAUGAUUUAAAGAUAAACAACACCAUCACCAUCCUCAUCUACUCUAACGAAGCGUGCAAAUUAGGACAUCGUUGAUCGAUAACUGUAUGCGGCGACGAGAGCGGCAGCAACAACGGGGCCAACGGGAACAGCGCGGCUGUUUGUUGAAGAGUGGGUGUGACGGCACGGCGAGAGACCCACAACAGCUGCACGAGCCAUGGGCAACGAAGCGAGCGCGGAGGGGGGGGUGGAAGAAGGAGCCACUCAGCCGAGCAGAAUGAGCCAUCUCAGCGAGGAGGAGAGGAAACAGAUUGCAGCUGUGCUCUCCCGAGCAGAGGCUGGGGCCACCCUAACACCUAGGAGCACGGAAGGGGGAUCGUCGUCAAAAGGGAAGCCAUCGCGAGCCACGUCCAGAUCCACCUCGCGAGCCACGUCCCCCGGCGAUUCUAAAGAAAGCUUGUACCAUGGCGAGCCCUCCAUGUCGCUGCAAGCCAGGGACGAGGCGAUGGAGAAGGGCUCCAGGGGCACUCUGGGAAGAAAAUCCGCCCAGGAUCGUAAGGGGCCGCCCGACAAAAGCCCGCGGGGUCUGAGUCCCGAAGUCCCGGGGCGUCUGGAGCUGUCCAGUGCCGAACGCUUGGCGCAUUCGGCCGUGGAGGUGCCUCGGAGCCCGAGCAAGCCGUGGGUCGACACGCACGCCGAGACGACGACGAGACCAAUGGCCAUCCCCGAAUCGCAGCACCGGGGCGUCGGGAAGGGUUUCCAGGAGCAACUGUCGCCCGCCAGUCCCGGAACGCCGUACCAAGUGCCGAGGUUGGCGCCGCUGCCCAAGACCACCCUCUGCCCGAUCUGCACCACCACGGCGCUGAGCGUGGAGACCCCCGAGCAGCCCAACUACAACAUGUGCACGCAGUGCCAGACCGUGGUGUGCAAUCACUGCGGCUUCAAUCCGAGCCCGCACAUCACCGAGGUGAAAGAAUGGCUCUGUCUCAACUGUCAAAUGCAGCGAGCACUCGGCAUGGACAUGAUGUCGCCACCUAAGCCCAUGGGAAUGCUUCAACAUUUUGAAAGCAGCCAGCCAAAGGCUGCACUCAAGACGCCUGAUGCCAGCCCAUCCAAGCUGCCCUUUAUCGAGGGUAAGCCCAAACAUCUAUCCUCUGAAAGCCAAGCCAAAAUUUCCUCCAGUGAUGUCGAACAAAAACAGCCACACCAGCUUAAACAUGUUGGUCCUGAUUGCGAUGCAGCUGAGUCGCCUCUAAAGCCGUUGCAAAGCAAAGCGUCCCGGGUCGCUUCAGACGCCGGUGCCAUCGACGAUGCCAAACAACGCGGAGCGGGUGACUUGGAUCAACCGGGCCAACUGAAGCAGCAGCAAAAACCAAGACAAGGGGAUCCUCCGGAGGAGAUGCACUUCAAGCCAAAGUCUCCAGAUUACGUUCAACUGAAGCAGCAGCCAGUGCAGCCACCACAGCCACGGGAUCAACCGCAGGGACAUAAACAGCCACAUCCACAGCAACAAAAGCGACAACUGGCACAGGGACAACAGCAACCACGGGCGCAGAAGCAGCCACAACCGCAGAAGCAGCCAAAACCACACGCGCAACAGACACCCCCACAGGCAGAUAAGCAGCCUUACACGCAGAUGCAGACACACGCACAGCCCCAUAAAUCACCGUAUGCACAACAAGAGCCACAACUACAAUCGCAUCCUCAGCAACAGCCAAAGCAUCGGUCAAAGCAACCAGCCCUCCCAAAAGACGUGAAACCCGCAGAAACGCCAGCACCGCGCAGUGGGCCAACUCCGCAGCGAGAUAAAGUGCAAAAAGAUAUUCGCGAGAGUGCAAAGCCAAAAGAGAUCAUCAAAAACCCCGUUGCUGAUGAAAAACAAGCAGUGCCAGAUGCUGCAAAAGAAGACGUACCUUCGCACGUGCAAGCGGGUAACAAGCCACUGACACAGAUCACAGAACCCAAGCCAACUGGCCAGCCCGCUCAAGCGUUGGUGCAAACGGAACCAUCAACAACGCGCCCGCCUGCUGAUGGCGAGGGUUCUAAACAGCAGCCCCAAAUAAUAAAACCUCCGACUCCGGAGCAUCAUGCGUCUCCAUCAAAGCCACAGCAAAGCCAAGCCGAAGGUCCCGCAAAGUUUCUCCAAGGAAAACUGCCGACGUCCGCAAGUGCGAUUUUCCAGCAGAGUUUGUUUGCCAAGCCAGAGGUUCAACAGAGUAAACCGUGGACAUUGCCACACCAGCAGACUAAGCCUGCCACCACUUCUGGAGCUACGACACCGCAGGAAGGGGUCACUGGAAAGUUGUUUGGUUUUGGUGCAUCCCUGUUCAGCCAGGCCACGAAUUUAAUCUCAACUGCUGCCCAGCCAGGCUCCCAAACGUCUUCUGCAAAUGGCUCUCCGGCUAAGGCACCAGCAGCUGCUGCUGCCCUAGCUGUUGGCCAAGAAGGAGCAGCGAAGCAACAGAAAUUGGCCAAGAGUAAAGAAGCCGAGAAGUCUACGGCGAUAGAAAAGCCAAAGCCCGCAGCAACACCGACGCAAAUGGCCCAAACGCAGAGUAGUGAUACGCCUAAGAAGCCGACAAGUGCAGUGCAAGAUAAAGUGAAGCAAAGGGCUGGAGCUGUGGAUGAUGACAAGAAGACGACCACUACUACAGCUGUUGAACCAAAAUCAGCAGAGCCACAUCAGCAGCAGCAGCCACAGCCAAAGCAGCCACAGACAAGCAUUAAAGAACUGCAAGAGACGACAAGAGCUACGGGAGACCUGCAGCAGCCAAGCGGCAAGGAAAUCGCCGAUGAAGAACGCGAGCGAACUGUGGAACGGGAGGCAAACGGACGGGAAGGCGUCGGCACGGUGGCUGGGGACAUCGCUGCGCGCCUCGCGCAGAAGGCGCUUUGCCCUCUGUGCAAGGCGGAGCUCAACGUUGACUCGCGAGAGCCGCACAACUACAACACCUGCACCGGAUGCCGGGCCAAUGUGUGCAACUUCUGCGGAUUCAACCCGGCUCCACAUCUGACCGAGAAGAAGGAAUGGCUGUGCCUUACCUGCCAGACUCAGAGGGCCCUGUCGGGGCAGUUGGUGGACCUUGAGACACCGGACCUUCCAGCCAAACGGCCUCCUCCAUCAACCAAGACCAGCCAGGAGUUUCUCCAGCAAAAGGGAGCCCCUCCGGUAGCACAGAAGCCAUCGGCCAAGCCCCGGGCAGAGCAGGUCCUGCCAAAACCUCAGCCAACUGAGAAGCCGCUGCUCACGGUGAGCUCCUCGGGACGCACAGAUGAGGUGCAACCUUCGCCUCCGCAGGACCGCGUGUGCUCAGCGAAGGACGGUGAAGAGAAAGGGCGUCUAGGCGAUACGGAGAGUCCACCGCGGGCAGCAGCGGAGGUCAAGCCGGUGCAGUUGAAGCAUCAACCCUCGCUCAAAGAUGAAACGUUUGAGAGAGAGCAUCACGCUUCUGGUGAAGGACCCACGCUGAAAGAUCAGCCGUCCACCGAAGCAAAAGCGGCGGAAGGACAACCGGCGGGACACCCAGGGCCUGAGCCAGUGCUUGCUGAGGAGGCUCGUGCCGACCGCAGAGAGGCUCCCAGCCAAGGGCUGGAGCCUGACGUGCCCUGGCCGGAGACGGUGUCCAAGAGAGCUGAACCGUCCGACCAUCUCCACCUUCAGCAGGCGCCAGAGGACACGGAGCUGAGAGAACCACUGAUAGAGAAAGCAAUACUUAAAGAUGAAACCGAGACUGUGGAGGAACAGGCUUUGCUUGUCAUUCCCUUAAAAGAUGGAGAAGUGGCUGCAGAUCGUGAUGGUAAGAAGGAAGAGAAGUCUAUCUCUGCACAGGAAAGUCCCGCCAGCCCGUCAGAACUGGAGAAAUUGGAAAGCACGGUCCGGUCGCUUUUGGAGGCCAACCCGAUCGACUUGGAGGGCGAAGAGCAGGCGGCAAAGAAAGAUCCUUACGGAUUAUUCGAAGAAAAGGAUCGAGAGAAGAAGCAGCGGCCAAAGAUGCUCACCGUCACUCCAGAGGGCUACAGCUCGGAUGAGGAGGAUCUGGAGGACAUCCAGGAGGAGGACGAAGAUGCGGUCAAUGAAGAGGGCGCAGCGAAGGUCGUUUCCGACGCGCGGCGUGGAGGUGGCGUCGAGUCCCGGGACGAGGCGUCGGCCAAGCACCGGCGACGGGACUCCGUGGAGGACAGCGGUGGCAGCACGCCGUCGCCCCUUCGGCACCGGAAGCAGCUCGUCAGCCUGGGGUCGCCCAGCAGCGAGGAAGGGCAGAGGGAUCGCAGCGACAGCUCCUGCUCGCUGGACGACGAGGAAUUCAUCCGACAGCAGAUCAUCGAGAUGAGCGCGGAUGAAGAGGCGUCGGGCUCCGACGGCGACGACGACGACGAGGAGGACAUGUUCAAGAGGCGGCUGAAAAAGGCCAUGACCAAGGAAGACCACCGCCAGCAACGGCAACAGCAGGAGCAGCAGCAACCGCAGGAGCAGCAGCAACCGCAGGAGCAACAGCAGCAGGAGCAGCAGCAGGAACAGCAGCAGGAACAGCAGCAGGAACAGCAGCAGGAGCAGGACAAAGCACAGACAAAAGACAAAGCCAAGCAGAAGCAGUUGCUUAGAAAGGAGAGCUCGAGCUACGAAGAAAUUCACUACGAGGAACUGGAGGAGGAGGAGGCAUCGCGGCGGCAUUCAUGGCACGAGGAUGACGAAAUGUUUGACGACAGCCCCGAAAGCAAAUUUAGAGAGUCAAAGAGUCAGGAUAACGAGGAAGAUGUCUCCAUAGUGACAGGCGGUCUGCGGCGCUUUAAGACAAUUGACCUGAAAAGUUCACUUCCUCAUAAAUACGUCGCCGAGGAGCAGGGGGAACAGGGGUACGAGAACAGCGUAUUUUACGACGAGCCUGAGCUCGAGAUGGAGAGCCUCACGGACUCUCCCGAGGACAGGUCGCGAGGGGAGGGCUCGUCCAGCGCACAGGCGGCCACCAACUUCACGCCGGGCACCUCUCCGAGCUCCGUCUCGUCCCUGGAAGACGACAGCGACAGCAGUCCCAGCCGGAGGAGAGCGCUCGACGACCCGAAGCAACACCGCAAGACUCGGCACAGGUCGAGCGGGCCGCUGCUGCCGACGAUCGAGGACUCUUCGGAGGAGGAGGAGCUGAGGGAGGAGGAGGAUCAACUGAGAGAGCAGGAGAAGCUGCGCGAGCUGGAGCUGCAGCAGAGGAAGAGUUCAGGCAGGAAGUCGAAGCGCGAUAAGGAGGAGCUGCGCGCCCAGAGGAGGCACUCAAAGACAUCGCCCAGUAACCUGUCUCCCAUCGAAGACGCAUCCCCCACAGAGGAGCUCCGACAGGCAGCCGAAAUGGAGGAGAUGCAUCGGUCUUCUUGCUCGGAGUAUUCCCCGAGCCUCGAAUCAGAUCCGGAAAGCUUUGAGGUCCAGGCAGCAAAAAUAAUGGAGCUUCAGCGGGAAUAUGAUCUGCCUACCGGCGUAGGUUUCACAUUUCCUUCAUAUUCCAGACUGGAGCAAUCCCAGGUAGAAGACAAAGACAUUUUAGAUGACGACAUUUCAGUGGCUGAACAUGAAGAGCUGAAGACAGCGGAGGAGGUGUAUGAGGAAAUGAUGAGAAAUGCCCAAAUGCACGGGAGCCACGCGUCAGAACCUGCUUCAAAAGAGAGUCAAGAUUUUGACGAUGAACAAUAUAGUUUCUACAGGCAUGAGGCCACUGUGUUUGAUGACUUGCCAUAUGCAACCAUACUAGAGUCCCGAACCGAACUUCUAACAUUUACGACAGACGAGUCAGCCGCUGCGUCCGCGUACGAGGAUGUCAUGUAUAUGGAACCGGUGGGCAGGUUGGACACAGACCAACCGAUGUACACUCCGGACGACAUUUACGCUUUUGCCGAACCUCUGCCACCUCCGCCCACGGACAUGUCCUUCUCCGGCUCGGAACAGCUGCUGGACGCAGACGCAGCCUACGAGGAGCUUCUCCGAAAGCAUAACGUGAUCCUGACUCCGGGCACGAGCCCCACCCAGCAUCUCUCGGACGCCUCCGUGGGCAUCACGUAUCCCGAGAUCAGCAGCGACGACAUCAGCAGCGACGACAUAUCCGUGUUCGCUGCAACUGCUGUGGAGACAUCCACGGAGAGCGCCUUCACGGACAUUGCGGCCGAUUUCAGCUCGCUGGCAACCGGCGACGCCGACCCGCUGGCUUCGUACGACUUCAGUCCCGUGCUGCCGUCACCCCUGUUUUCGGUGCCGGAUGUGACGAUAACGCAGCAUUUCACACCGGAAGACGAUUCGGAUCUGCCAAGUGAUGGCGAGUUUGUGGACGAUGAGUUGGUUCAACCUCCUGAAACGGUGGCGAUCACUGACGGCGUAGUGAUAACAGCGGCUGCCGAAGAAAACGUGGCUGCAGACUUCUCGUCUGCCUUUGUGGAACCUGUUGAAUUUGGAAGUGGAUCCUUUGGGAUGGAUUCGUUUUUGGCAGGCGCGGCUCUUGCUUCGGUGGACGCAACGGGCACGUCGGUUUCGGCAGCACCCGCAGAUGACGCUUCGAUGGUUGACUUUGUCUUCGCUUCGUCACGAGAUGACUUCAUUCCGGAAAUGAUAGGCGAGAUUCCUGACGUCCCUAUGAACGACGAAUAUUCAGAACUCGCUGAGCCGUGCCGUCAGGAGGAGAUAGCAAUUAGUGCCGGAGAAAACAUUAUAGAACUGCCCGAAAUAGAUUUAUCCAUCUCAUAUGUAGACACUGAAACAAAUGUACCCACCGAUUCACAAAUAUAUGAGACUCCCACUGCGGAACCCGUGCUUGGAACAACAGCAGCCAGCGCUGAUAAUGAUGCGGUAUUGGUGAAGCUUGCUGAUGAAGCUGCUCUCCCAGUGCAUACCGAUGUACAAGCAGCACAUUCACAAGACUCCGUCCUUUCUGAAGUUUCUCCGAGUGCAGCUGCUGCUGUUGUUUCCGAACCAGUCGUGCUGUCACCUACCAUAGUGACAGCUUCAGCAGAGCCCAGUGCAUCGCAGCAGGAGCCUGCCCUGCCACCGGUUACGAGCGCACCUGACGAUAAACACGACACCACUACAGGAAUGACGUACUUCACCUCGAAGGUGUUCUCCUACUUUAGAGGCACCACACAGGAACCAGACUUUCAGAUGCCACCUCCAUCACCACCACCACCACCGCCGCCGCCGCUGCCGCCACCUCCACCACCACCGCCGCCACCACCUCCGCCACCACCGCCACCACUGCCACGCAAACCUAUGAUGCUUUUGAAGAAAGAACUGACCAAAGUUCCUCCAGUUGAACCCACUGCACCGAGUGUGGUGACCACCACGGUUUCCGUAUCGUCGACUUUCACCGCCGCUUCGUCAGCACCGGUAAUCACCUCUGACACCACGGUCACACAAACUGUAACGACAACAACAGCCUCGACACGCCCUCAAGUUGCACCAAAGCCAACGCACUUCCCAGUGAGCCUCGUCACAGCCAAACCUCUGCCACCUCCCGUGGCGCCGAAACCUACACCCUCCCCGCACACGGCAAAGCUGAGCAAAAGCUACGAACAUCAGUUGGAAACCCAGCAGGUUGUGGUGACAUCCGGACCUGGCAGCCGGUCAUCAUCGCCGGUUACCUCCCCUGUAUCUCCUAGGUCGCCGAAGAGGUAUUCUCUGGCUCAGGAGUCAUAUGUGGUCAUUACUCUGCCCUCAGACGACAGCCCGACGGGCAAAGAAGUGUACACGUCCCCAGCUCUGCUGACGUCAACAACGUCGAGCAAAAUGUCGAGGUCGCCGAGCGUUCCUGAUGUGCAACUGACACAAGCUACACCGCCGGAGCUCAUGCCAAAGUCACUGAGCAUGGACUCGGCCAUGCAGGAGGAGCUGGAGCCCCUGGCACCUGCAGAGCCGUUGAUUUGCUUCGCACAAACAGCCACCACCACGACCGUCACCGUAGCCCAGAACGUUGAUUUUGCACCUCUCUCUGGCCCCUGUGGUGAACUCAAAGAACCUUAUGGAACUUUAGAGACACGGUUACCCACUCCUGUGAGUGAAAGCGCUACUAUUGUCACAUCAGGAGAAAUAGCUGUUGUUAGCAGCAGCAGCAGCAGCAAUGUGAUGGAUCUGACCAUGAAAAAUGAAAUGUCUCCCCCCGCUAUCGUAAUGACCGACCAUGGCCUAGAUUUUACAGUAGCAGCAUUGCAGAGCAGAAUGCAGUCGGAGCAGAGUGGACAAAUUGUCCAAAAGUUGCAGACGGUCAUACAGCCCAAAAUUAUUAACCUUGCGACAACAGAUGCAACUGCCGCCCCUUUGGAACAGUCGGAAUCGAAGGCAAGGCAAGAGAAGCCUGCGAAAGACCUCACAGAUGAGCCGCUUGACCUGGCUCACCCAGCAUUGGCUCUCCACCACUUUAAGCCCAUGGGGGACGCUGCUUACGCGGCCUACGAGGAGCCCAUGUCCGAGGGCCCGGUUAACUUGACGAUCUCGCAGCAGCCGGUGAAAAUCGCGACGAAGACGACGGAGGAUGCGCCCAAGAUGCUCCCACCGGAGCCGUCAACCUGCGAGGCCGCGGUCGACCUCAGCAAGCCCAAGUCGUUGGGCGUCAUCGUGUCCCUGGGCGACACGGAGUCGAGCCCCACGUCGGUUUUGGCGGACGAGUCGAGGCCCGUCGAUCUGACGCAGGGGAGUCGCCGAGCCGCGUGCUGCGAUGUCGUGUACAACAUCCCCUUCGUGGGCAUGUGCGCUCCAUCUCCGCCGAAGACGUCCCCCGACGUGGCCGUCGCGGGGCGGAGCCUGGCCGACGCCGGAGCCGUCGGCUACGGGGACGACGAUUACGUCGACGUGAGGUCGCGAGCGUCCGCCGAGUAUGGGCACGUGCGAGCGUCCACGUCCGACGCCGGCUUGACGGACACAGCGGGCCCGCUGUCGUACCGGAGCGAGGCCGCGAUCGAUCAGCACGUGCCGGCAGAUAUCGCCGCAGACCAUUCCGCGCGAGAGAUGACAAGCGGGGUGAUGGAGCAGAGCAGCCUCUUCUCGUACGUGACAGCAGGGAGUCAAGAAGUGACUGCCAGCGCCUUGUCCUCCACCACUCAGCCACUGUGGACUCAAUAUUCAAGCAUGUGGAGGUCAACAGACGGAGUAAUUUAUUCCACAGUGCAAACUCCCAUCCCGGCCACUCUACCUAUUACCACCCAGCCGAGCUCUAUACGCGACCAACUUCAGGGAGACGUUUACCUAUCGGGAGUGACUGCGGUGUUUACUGGCGGGUCGACCCUGCUGCCAAUCCAGCAGACGAUCGCGGAAGUCGCCAGUGCCGUCGCCAUGCCCCUGGGUUCAUCCUCCUCCGUUCUGACUUCAAUCGCGGCCGAGCGGCGGUCUCUGCUGAUGGACGGGACACUGGGUGGCCAGGCGAUGUGGCAAGGGGAGGAGGAGCGAGCGACGCAGCAGCAGGACAGACUGAAGCUGCAGCACGGCCACAUGCUGGAGAUGGACACGCUGAAGCAGCUGGAGGAGCUCGAGCGCGAACGCUUGGAGAUGCAGAGGCGGAGCGAGGAGGAGCGGCGCCUCAUGCAGCUGGAGCUCGAGGAGCUGCAGAGCAUGCGGCAGCAGCUGUACCAGCAGCAGCAGCACGACGAGAGGCAGGCGCACUUCAUCAUGCAGCAGGAGCAGCUCGCGCAGCAGAUACACCAGCUGCAGCAGCGGCUGCAGCAGCAGCUUGAGGAACAGCAGCACCAGCAGGGUCAGGGGUACAGCUACCCGUACGAAAUCGCCGUCACGGAAGUUUCCUCUGCUGCCGAUGGGCAGUUCUGGCAGGAGGGACUCGGCCAACAGUUUGUUUCACAGGAGCCGAUUCGGCUGCUCGGUCCAGAGGCUAAGAAUCAGCAGGGCACCUUUAGGUUUGCGCAGGAAGGUAUGUCUACCCUCGAGAUGCACCGCACCAUGGUGAGCUCGGUCUCCGACAUGUCCCUCAAAGACAUGGGCCUCAGAAAAGGAGACAUCCUCCGCAAAGAGCAGUCCAUGCCUCGCCUGCCCGCUCAGUACGAAAAGCAAUCGCAAGACGGGAGGUACAGGCCUCAGAGGAUCGUGGACAGCGGCGUGCAGACCGACGAAGAGGAUGAAGGGAGCCAGUGGUACGGCGGCCGCCGAAAGAGAACCUCCAGGAGCGUGGACACCAGCGUCCAGACGGACGACGAGGACAUGGACGAUUGGGAUUACUCGUCACGGAGGAGGCGCCCGAGGCUUCCGAAAUACGAAGGAGGCGUCGAGGCUGAACAUUUCAAAAAGAAAACCAAGCACAUGGCCAGCAUCGGCAUUCAGAUGACCUCCAAUUGCUCUGUUCAGACCGAGAUCGACGACACGGUCAUCACCCCAUCGCAGAGGUCCCGUUCGGCCUCGGGCUACCCGACCAUGUCCGACAUUUCGGCCACCGAAGAAACAUUUCACGGGGAGAGCCUCGCCUGCCAGACGGACACGGAGUGUGACCAGCGGCAGCACGAAGCGGACCCCCUGCCGACGGGUGGCCUGAAGCCCUCGGGCUACUCGUCUCACCUGCAGACGGGAACGGCCACUCCGAUGUCGCGCUCGCCGCCCAAAUCUCCGCAGGUGCUGCACUCGCCCAUCUCGCCGCUCACAUCGGGGAAGAUGCUGGACUCCCCUGUGUCCCCCUACGAUCGCUCGGCCAAAGCGUCCGGCUCCGUGACUCCGCCGCCGCAGCACCCACAGAGCCUGCGCAUGACCAAGCCCAUGCAGCGCUCAAUGUCAGAUCCCAAGCCUCUGAGUCCCACGGGCGAGGAUGGAAAGACGUCCUACCAGCUGUUUCAGCAGCAGCAGAGCUGCCUGAUCAAACCCACGCAGCAAUCGACGGCGGCGGCGGCCCUGGCCCAGAGCAAGAAAGUGAAGCGGACGCUGCCCAACCCCCCUCCGGAGGACGCGCCAGCACCCAGCUCCGCAAACUCGCUCUCGUUCGUCGCGUCCAUCCCGCGCAAGCGAAUCGGGCGCACGAGCACCAUGGCCCGUGCCAAGCUCAUCCAGGACAUCGACCGGGAGCUCGAGAUUGUGGAGAAGGAGUCGUCGAAGCUGCGCAAGAGGCAGGCGGAGCUGGACGAGGAGGAGAAGGAGAUCGACGCCAAGCUGCGCUACCUCGAGAUGGGUAUCAACCGGCGGAAGGACGCCCUGCUGAAGGAGCGCGAGAAGAGGGAGAGGGCCUACCUGCGGGGCGUCGCCGAGGACCGCGACUACAUGUCCGACAGCGAGGUCAGCAACAUCCGUGGGACCGUGGCGGAGGGCGGCCGCCAGGGCGAGCGGCCGAGGACGGCGCCGCAGCACCAGUACGCCCAGUACCUAGCUCCGAACACACGCCACUCGCUCAACAUCGAGUUCUCGCACACCGCCGGCGCCACCACGCAGCCGAGUAAUUCGUACCUGCAGCAGGCGCCCUACCAGCCGCAGCCGCUUUAUCAGACUCAGCCGCUCCCCUAUCGGUCCCAGGCCGCAGGCUACAGCACGUUGGAAGCGCACCGCCCCGCAUACCAGACGACGAGCCACCAGACCAUUUCCACAACGCAGGCCGGGUAUCAGACCACCAGCUACCAAACCCUGCCGAUGCACCAGUCGGGCUAUCAGACCACCCCUUUCCCUACCUUGGGCGGCCACCUAGCUGGUUAUCAGGCCACAAGUUUCCAGCCGAUGCCCAGCCACCAGGCAGAUUACCUGACCACCACCUACCCGACAUUGGGAAGCCAUCACGCUCCCUACCACACGACGAGCUUCCAGAUGGCCACGGGCCCGCAGCCCGGGUAUCAAGCCACGCCGGGCACGUCCUACUAUGCGCAGGGCCACACGAUGCAUCCGCACCACCAGCCGCACUUCGCGCAGAAGCCCCGGCAUUCCCAGCUGAUCAACUUGGACCCCAAGCUGAAGGCCAACUACGAGUUGCUGCAGCAGAGCCACCCUCUGCUGAUGUCGCCCACGUCGGCGGUCGAGAUGUACGACAACCUUGACCUUCGGCUGGCGCUGGAGGAGAGGGGAAGCAUGGCCAGCAGCCCUAUGUCGAGCAUUUCCGCUGAGUCAUUCUACGCAGAUCUCGAGCACCAGGCGGCGCGCAACUACGUGAUGAUCGAUGACAUUAACGAGCUCACGAAAGGCGCGGCCAUCGGGGGCACGUUCAGCUUGGGGGGCACGCACAGAGUGGAGCGUCGCUACCAUCACUCCAGGGACCCAAAGAGGAUGUCGGACAUCAGCGACUACAUGAGCACUUCGAGCACGCCGAGGUCACACAUGCACAGGAAGAUCGACGACGAGUCGAUGAAAGAUCCCUACGAGCUCAAGCUGUUGAAGCAGCAGAUUAAGCAGGAGUUUCAGAGGGGGUCCGACCCCCUGGAUCACUUGGGAACCGCCACGCUCUACCAUGGCGACGUGAAAUACAGGCACCCCUCGAAGUCAGAUCGCUACAGCAUCGGGAGGAUCACGUUGGAAAAGGAAGCGGCGAAGCAGCUGAUGCCGGCCGUUGUUUCGAACAAGCAGCUGAAAUCCAGAAAGCUGGGCGUCGAGCACAGGGUCUCCAAGUUCUCUCCAAUUGAGGAAGCCAAAGACGUCGAGUCUGAAUUUCCCUCCUACUUAACCACGACUCCGGCCACGGAGGCGGCGUCCACCGUCGUGAUGCGAGCCAAGAAGCUGCAGGGAGACAUCACGUACGGCCUCAGGAAGAAUAUCCAGGAGCAGCAGAAGCUCUCGGUGCUCACGACGAGGGGGCACACGAACGAGCUCGACUUAUUGAGCGGCACCGGCACUCGCUCUCGGCCAAGGUCGGUGUACAGCCUCGAAAGCAGCCGAUCGCGACCGUCGUCCGUUUAUGGUCUGGACAUCACAAGGUCUCGGCCCGCUUCAGUCUACAGCAUGGAGAGCACCCGCUCAAGGCCCACGUCUGCAUACGGCCUGGAGGACAGCAGGUCGAGACCCUCGUCUGUGUACGGUAUGGACAGCGGCAGAUCCAGGCCGACGUCCGUCUACGGGCUCGACUGCAGUAAAUCGAGGCCAUCGUCCAUUUACAGGAUGGAAGGCGCCGGUUCCCGGCCCUCGUCCGUGUACGGCAUCGAGCUGACCCGCUCCCGGCCAUCGUCGGUUCACGGGCUCGACCUGACCAUGACUAAGCACGAGCUGCAGGCCGCGGCGACGACGGCGGCCAAAGAUGGCGACGCGCUGGACAUGAGCUCGUACGUGCCGGGAGCCGCCGGGGUCAAACUGAGGUGCAAGCCGCCCAAUCUCAUCAUCAGCCAAAGCAAGGGGAGGAUCCCCAUCGUGGCCCAGAACUCGGAGGAGGAGAGCCCUCUGAGUCCCGUGGGCCAGCCCAUGGGCAUGGCGCGGGCGGCCGCGGGGCCCCUGCCGCCCAUCUCGGCCGACACGCGCGAGCAGUUCGGCUCAAGCCACUCGCUGCCCGAAGUGCAGCAGCACAUCAAGGAGCUGCACCGGCGUAGCUACGACCGCGACGUGGCGUACAUCCUGGACGACCUGCAGCACGCCAUGUCGGACAGCGAAGCAUACCACUUGAGGCGUGAAGACACGAAUUGGUUCGAUAAACCUCGCGACUCCUUCCAUGAAGAUCACUCCAAAAGCAAGCAUGGAGGAUACCACCCCUUGCAGAUCAGCGACCCCCCGCAGAGCUACGACUUCCCGCACGCCAGAGUGCCGCUUCAACAAGACGCCAAGGACCACAGCAUGUCAGGGAACGGACUUGGCGUCCGAGUCGUUGGUGGGAAAGAGGUUCCGGGAAGAGACGGGGAGAUCGGCGCGUACAUCAGCAAGAUCCUGCCAGGAGGCGCCGCUGAGCAAUCUGCGAAGCUCGCAGAAGGGAUGCAAGUGCUGGAGUGGAACCGAAUCCCGCUGACCGGGAGGACGUUCGAGGAGGUGCAAAGCAUCCUGAGCAGACACGACAAGGAGGUGGAGAUCUGCGUCCGCCUAUCUGUGUCCUCGAACAGGGACCUCAACAUGCUCUCAGACCUGGAGAACCCUCAACGCCUAGAGCUGCAGGAAUAUUCCAGCUUGACAUCGCAGCGCCAGAGGUCACCGGGCGUGGACCCCAAGCAGCUCGCGUACGAGCUGCGCAAGGUGGCGCAGUGUGCCGGAGGAGCAGCCGGAGCCACGGCGCAGAUGGACGGCAAGACCUUGAUCGUCAUCGGCACGGCCACACCCGCGGCCACGACGCAGCAGCAGCAGCAGCAUCUACGGGACGGCCUGUCGGCCACGUCGAGCCCCAGCCGACCUGCCUCGCCCGCCAGCGGCAGCAAGAAGCGCCACUCCAAGAUCGAAGUUACAAAACCUUCUCAUCCAAUUACUGGGGAGAUUCAGCUGCAAAUGAGCUUUGACCGCCACUCGGGAAACCUGAUCAUUCACGUCCUGCAAGCGCGGGGCUUGGCACCACGUGACAAUAACGGCUUCUCGGACCCCUUCGUCAAGGUGUACCUCCUACCGGGGCGCGGUCAAGUUAUGGUUGUCCAAAAUGCCAGUUCAGAGAACAAGAGAAGAACAAAGUACAUCCACAAAACACUGAACCCAGAGUGGAACCAAACAGUCGUCUACAAGAACAUUAUGCUCGAUGAGCUGAAAAGGAAAACACUGGAGUUUUCUGUCUGGGACUACGAUCGAUUCUCCUCCAACGAUUUCCUCGGCGAGGUGCGCAUCGAGCUGUCGGACGUGAGCCACCUGGACGGGGCCCAGCGCUGGUACCCGCUGCGGGAGCAGUCGGAGGGGGGCUCCCCCCCCAAGGCUCCGGGGCCUCAGAGUGGGCUGCCCCCCUCCAAGCAGCCCGUGAGCAAGAGCAAGAGCCACCUGGGAGUGAACGAGGGCACCAAGGAAGCCCCGCGUCCACCGGGCAGCAAGUCUCAGAGCAGCAUGGCCGACUCGAGGUCCGGAGUAGGCGGCUCGUCCUCCUCCACCUCCUCCGUGUCCGGGGCAGCGGCCGCAACAUCAGGGUCGACCGGAGGGCAUCAGCGACUCUCUCUGUCCGGGCCACCGCAGCAACAGCAGCAGCAGCAGCACGCCGGGAUGCCCGACUCCAAGUCAUCGUCCGAGGGGCGUCUGCGGACCUCGGCCUCGGCCACGUCGUCGCACGCCCCGUCGCGUUCGCAGAGCAAAGGCAGCAUCACGCAGAGCCACCUGGAGAGCGCGGGCGCGGCGAUCGCCGCCGCAGAAGCCGCCGUGCAACAGCUCCAGCAACAGCAGCAGCUGCCAACGGCUAAGCCAUCUAAAGCCCCAAAUAAUGUGAAGAAGCACAGACACAGCAUAGCGGGGGUGCUGCCACCGGUGCGGAAGAGCGCGGCGGCGGCGGCAGCGGCGGCGGCGGGACCGCCGGACGGGGCCGGCCCAGAGCCAGGGGAAGUGGCGGCGCAGCUCGCCAUCCGCAAGGUGCAAUCGGACAGCCCCGCCAAGUCCGACAGAAGCAGGCCGGUGAGCCAGCGCGCCCCGGACUCUUCCAUCUCAACGACGUCGUCCGUCAGCAGCGUAGGCAGCGGCUACAGCGUGGACAGCGAGGGCAGCUCGGCGCUCACGGACGACACGUUCUCCGGCACGCACCGUGAGCACCGCGGCGGGAGUGGAACGGCCCACAGCAACGGAGCCACAAGCCAGGCUGGAGGGCUCUCCAGGCAGGACCCACCACACCGGACAGACGAAGUGAUCAAAAAUGGCAGCCCAGCCAAGAUACCGAGAGAGAGCAUGUCAUCAACAACCUCCAUGGCGUCGCACGCGUCUGAUGGCUCCGGGAGCUCCAAAGGCACGGUCAGUCCUGACUCCCCUCCGUGGGUUCCCGGUAGAGACCCGACGGGGCCCGGCGUGCGGCCCAACGGCGCGCUGGCGAGCGGCGGUCGAGCGGCUCGCGGGGAGCUGGUGCCCAACACCGACCUGGGCCCCGGGCAGCUCAUGGGCGCCAGCAAGUCGGCCCAGAUCAUGGGAGAGAUGAAGAUCUCGCUGAAGAAGGAGAUGAAGACCGAUGGUGACCAGCUGGUUGUUGAGAUCAUCCAAUGCCGGAACAUCACCUUCAAAUUCAAGUCCCCUGAUCACCUGCCAGACCUGUACGUGAAGGUGUACGUCAUCAACCUGGCAUCGAAGAAGAAGCUCUUCAGAAGAAGACGCGUGUUUGUCGUCACGACCGCGAGCCAUGUUCAACGAGACCUUCCGCUUCACCAUCAACCCCCAGGGCCACUCGCUGCAGAUCCUGCUGGUGUCCAACGGCGGCAAGUUUGUGCGCAAGACACUCAUCGGAGAAGCGUACAUCUGGCUGGACCAGGUGGAUCUCAAGAAGAAGGCCAUCGGCUGGUACAAGCUGCUGCUCAGCAACCUCGAGACACACUGAGCACGACCGCUCGUCGAUCGCGCGCACACAGCAACGUCUCCCGUCAUUGGGGUGAUAAGGAAACGAAUCGAUGUAUAACGGCACGGCCCGCCCGCCAUGCCAUCCGCUCAUGGACACACGCUCACGCACGCAAGGCACACACGCAAAGGCACGCUCGCAACGGGCACGCUUGCAAGGCACGCGACAGAGCGGCGUCUCGCUCGGGCACCGGGGAAGCGGAAAGCGGUUCGAGAAAGAGGCCCACGGCGAUGUGACUGCAAGUUGACCGGUCGCCCCGACGAGGGCCGGGAGCCGAGGCGGGACGGCAGCCCCACGGAAGGAGGAGGAGGUGGAACCGUAACGAUGGUCCCGCCGUUUGCCGACACACCCCCCCCC